ACACAGUGUUCAUUCAAACAUGUCAUGAGGAAGAUCGUUUUUUCUAAAGGAAUAUCUUAGGAAAUUAAUUUCUGAAGAGACGACUCUGUGCAUAUAAAUAUGUCAUGAGGAAGAUUAGUUUUACAAAAGGAAUGUCUUAGUAAAUUAAUUUCUGAAGAGAAGAAACGCAUCGCAGAAUCGACUCUGUACAUAUAAAUACGUCAUGAGGAAGAUUAGUUUUACAAAAGGAAUAUCUUAGUAAAUUAAUUUCUGAAGAGAAGAAACGCAUCGCAGAAUCGAUUUUUGAAUAUUGAACAACAUGGUGUCAAAAGAGGAGGAAAACUUUCUUCGUAUUGUGUAUCUACACUACAGAGUAGCCACUGGAGCACUUACAAAUUUCUUUGAUAAGUUUCACCCAAGUUUAUCCGCUGAUUUGAAUAUACCAGGAAACAAGGCUAUAUUGCAAGAUCUGUAUAUUCCCCCUCCUAGGAAGAAACGAGUUCUCUAUCGAGGACAAUGGGAUACUCUGUAUCCUCCACCAGGAACAACAACAGUUACUUCAGCAGAUUUAGACUUGACAUUAAUCGUUUGUCUACUACGUAGCAUACCUCCAUUGUUGACAGAACCUCCAACUGGAUUUGACAAUUUACCUCCUCCUCAUGACAAAAGCGAUGGAGCAAACGUUGCCCGCUUGAAAUAUUAUAAAAACUUUCUUGUGUCACAUUCCAAGAAUGGUACAUUACCUAAUGCAGACUUUGAGAGAAUCUGGAGUGAAUUAGAACAGGCAAUUAAGGGUCUUGAUAAUUCACAUGCUACUGCUGCAAGUUUGAAAGAUGCAAAAACAAAGAUGCUGGAUAACUCGAUGGCACAAUUGUUGUCAACCCAACUACAGCUCGACAGAAAAUUUUCUAAUUUUGAAGAGGAGUUGAAACACAUUUCUAUACAUAUUGACAAAGAUGUACAAGAAAAGAAGCAACUAAAACAGAUAACAGAAACUCUUGAUGAAAGACUGAAAAUUAAAGAAGAUAGUUUUGAAAGGGAAUUUAAAGAAUGUAAAGAAAAUGUAGAUAGGUUAUCCAAACGACUGAAUACUAGUGAAGUACAAAUGUAUGAAAGAGUUGAAAGUAUUGAAAAAUAUUUAAAGGAAUUACAGAAAUUACAACAAUCUCUUGAUUUACAAUUCACUCGAAUGAAAACCAUUGCCAUAGACAGUAAGAAGGAAAAAGAAGACUUUGAAAAGGAUGUGCAGUCAUUGUGCAGUCAUAUUCAAGUUGAUAUCACCAAACACGAAGAAAGAAUAGCAGCACUUGAGAACAAAUCUGGAACUCUUCAGGAAAUACAGAGAGACGUUGACAGCCUGAAAAUGAAAUUAGAACUCAUAGAGGCAGCAAUGAAAAAACAAGACGAAGAUCAUAUUCCGAAGCAUAUUAGAGCACUCCAUGAAGAAGAAAUAAGAGAAUGGGAGCAAGACCAAACUACCUUUUUGGAAACCAGAGCAACACGUCACAUACUGAAAUCUCUACCCUCACAUAACUGUAUUGUUGUGACAGGAAGCUCGGGUUGUGGUAAAUCUUCAAACAUACAUCAAGCUGCCUUACACUUACGUGACAGUUUUGGGUAUGAGAUAAUACCUGUUUUAGUAGGACCAACAGACAUAAUAAAUUAUUAUAAUAAAAACAAAAAACAAGUUUUUGUUGUUGAUGACAUAUGUGGAAAGGAAACAAUAAACACACAAACAUUACAGAUGUGGAGAGAUUAUUCAGAAAAAAUGGAGAAAAUAUUUAAAGAUGAAGAAACAGAUGUUGGAAGUAAAAAUGAUGGCACGGUUUCAAAGGUAUCAAGUCCAAGAUUUCUGAUUUCUUGUAGACUGCAUAUAUAUAAAGAAUCACAGUUUCAACGUAUUUCAUUAUUCACAAAAAAAGAAUGCAAUUUAUUAUCAGAAGAGUUGUGUUUGCAGGAAGCUGAAAGAAUCCAUAUGCUGCAGAAGUACCUUCCUGAUGACAUAAUUGACAAUAUAAAACAAGUCGCAGAGAACGUUGAUUACUUUCCCUUGCUUUGUAAAUUGUCAAAAGACAAAACAUGUGAGGAAGUCAAGAAACUGUUUACAGCUCCUUUAAUUAGUAUUAAAAAGAACAUAAUCAACAUUAAUGAAAACAAAGAACAGUCCUGUGCUCUUUCUCUGUGUAUCAUAUUUAGUGAUGGAUUCAAUACAGAUUGGCUGAAAAAAGGAUCAGUUUUAGUAAAUAACACGGACAAACUUGAGGACAUUGUUAAAGAAUUUGACAUAAACUUAAGCAAAGAGAAGCAUAGAAAUUCUUUAAAAGCUGGCUUUUCAACAUUAAAUGGCACCUAUUUCAAAUUGAGAGGCACAGAGUAUAGAAUGAUACAUGACAAAAUUUAUAAAAUGGCAGCUGUAAUCUGUGGACAAAAACUUACAGAAUGUUUUAUUAAAUAUGCUCCCUCUAUAUGUAUUCGAGACAGUUUCAUCUUUGAAUCUGUAACAGAAGUCCAUGAAAAGGAUGAUUUAAUUGUAGUAUCAAAAAACCAAGAAGAAGAUUAUUUUGAACGACUGUUAUUUGACUUAACAAAGCAUCUCAUUAUAAGUACAUUCAAUAAUUACCAGUUAAUGUAUAAGACAUUUAGACAUAAGUUAAUAAGCUUUUUAAAAAGGAAAAAUGAUGCAAACACACUAUUAACGAAGCUUGAUAUAGAAGGUUGCAAAACAAUCAAAUAUGGUGAUCUAGAAUAUCCGUUUGACACAGACUAUUAUACAACACCUUUAAUAGAAUCAGCUGAUAGGGGUUAUUUUGAUAUUGUUGACUUUCUGAUUGUUAAUGUUAAAUGUAAUGUGAAUAACACAGACAGUGAAGACAGCUCCCCUUUAUAUAAGGCAUCUGAAAAAGGACAUUCAGCUGUAGCUAAACUGUUAUUACAGAACAAUGCUGAUGUAUCUCAAUGUAACAAAUUUAAAAAGUCUGCAUUGUAUGCGGCCUGUGCAGGAGGACAUACAGAUACAGCAAAACUGUUACUUCAGAACAAUGCUGAUGUCAAUCAGUGUGAUAAUAUUGGUAAUUCACCAUUGCAUGCGGCCAGUGAUGGAGGACAUAAAGAUAUAGUAGAAGUGUUACUUCAGAACAAGGCUGUUGUCUCUCAGUGUAAUGAGAAUGGUGAGUCUCCAUUGUAUCUGGCCUGUGAAGGAGGAUAUAAAGAUAUAGUAGAACUGUUACUGCAGAACAAUGCUGAUGUCAAUCAGUGUGAAAGGAAUGGUAGGUCUCCAUUAUAUGUGGCAUGUAAAGGAGGACAUAAAGAUAUAGUAGAACUGUUACUUCAGAACAAUGCUGAUGUCAAUCAGUGUGAAAGGAAUGGUAGGUCUCCAUUAUAUGUGGCAUGUAAAGGAAGACAUAAAGAUAUAGUAGAACUGUUACUUCAGAACAAGGCUGACAUCAAUCGGUGUGAUGAGAUUGAAUGGUCUUCAUUAUAUGCGGCCUGUAAAGGAGGACAUAAAGAUAUAGUAGAACUGUUACUUCAGAACAAUGCUGAUGUCAAUCAGUGUGAAAGGAAUGGUAGGUCUCCAUUAUAUGUGGCAUGUAAAGGAGGAUAUAAAGAUAAAGUAGAACUGUUACUUCAGAACAAUGCUGAUGUCAAUCAGUGUGAUGAGGAUGGAGAGUCUUCAUUGUAUGUAGCCUGUGAAGGAGGACAUAAAGAUAUAGUAGAACUGUUAUUUCAGAACAAUGCUGAUGUCAAUCAGUGUGAUGUGAAUGGUGAGUCUCCAUUAUAUGUGGCAUGUAAAGGAGGACAUAAAGAUAUAGUAGAACUGUUACUUCAGAACAAUGCUGAUGUCAAUCAGUGUGAUGAGGAUGGAGAGUCUUCAUUGUAUGUAGCCUGUGAAGGAGGAUAUAAAGAUACAGUAGAACUGUUACUUCAGAACAAUGCUGAUGUCAAUCAGUGUGACAAAAAUGGUAGGUCUCUAUUAUAUGUGGCAUGUAAAGGAGGACAUAAAUAUACAGUAGAACUGUUACUUCAGAACAAUGCUGAUGUCAAUCAGUGUGAUAAUAUUGGUAAUUCACCAUUGCAUGCGGCCAGUGAUGGAGGACAUAAAGAUAUAGUAGAAGUGUUACUUCAGAACAAGGCUGUUGUCUCUCAGUGUAAUGAGAAUGGUGAGUCUCCAUUGUAUGCGGCCUGUGAAGGAGGAUAUAAAGAUAUAGUAGAACUGUUACUGCAGAACAAUGCUGAUGUCAAUCAGUGUGAAAGGAAUGGUAGGUCUCCAUUAUAUGUGGCAUGUAAAGGAGGACAUAAAGAUAUAGUAGAACUGUUACUUCAGAACAAGGCUGACAUCAAUCGGUCUGAUGAGAUUGAAUGGUCUUCAUUAUAUGCGGCCUGUAAAGGAGGACAUAAAGAUAUAGUAGAACUGUUACUUCAGAACAAUGCUGAUGUCAAUCAGUGUGAAAGGAAUGGUAGGUCUCCAUUAUAUGUGGCAUGUAAAGGAGGAUAUAAAGAUAUAGUAGAACUGUUACUUCAGAACAAUGCUGAUGUCAAUCAGUGUGAAAGGAAUGGUAGGUCUCCAUUAUAUGUGGCAUGUGAAGGAGGAUAUAAAGAUAUAGUAGAACUGUUACUGCCGAACAAUGCUGAUGUCAAUCAGUGUGAAAGGAAUAGUAGGUCUCCAUUAUAUGUGGCAUGUAAAGGAGGACAUAAAGAUAUAGUAGAACUGUUACUUCAGAACAAGGCUGACAUCAAUCGGUGUGAUGAGAUUGAAUGGUCUUCAUUAUAUGCGGCCUGUAAAGGAGGACAUAAAGAUAAAGUAGAACUGUUACUUCAGAACAAUGCUGAUGUCAAUCAGUGUGAAAGGAAUGGUAGGUCUCCAUUAUAUGUGGCAUGUAAAGGAGGAUAUAAAGAUAUAGUAGAACUGUUACUUCAGAACAAUGCUGAUGUCAAUCAGUGUGAUGAGGAUGGAGAGUCUUCAUUGUAUGUAGCCUGUGAAGGAGGACAUAAAGAUAUAGUAGAACUGUUAUUUCAGAACAAUGCUGAUGUCAAUCAGUGUGAUGUGAAUGGUGAGUCUCCAUUAUAUGUGGCAUGUAAAGGAGGACAUAAAGAUAUAGUAGAACUGUUACUUCAGAACAAUGCUGAUGUCAAUCAGUGUGAUGAGGAUGGAGAGUCUUCAUUGUAUGUAGCCUGUGAAGGAGGAUAUAAAGAUACAGUAGAACUGUUACUUCAGAACAAUGCUGAUGUCAAUCAGUGUGACAAAAAUGGUAGGUCUCUAUUAUAUGUGGCAUGUAAAGGAGGACAUAAAUAUACAGUAGAACUGUUACUUCAGAACAAUGCUGAUGUCAAUCAGUGUGAUGAGGAUGGAGAGUCUUCAUUGUAUGUAGCCUGUGAAGGAGGAUAUAAAGAUAUAGUAGAACUGUUACUUCAGAACAAUGCUGAUGUCAAUCAGUGUGAUAAUAUUGGUAAUUCACCAUUUCAUGCGGCCAGUGAUGGAGGACAUAAAGAUAUAGUAGAAGUGUUACUUCAGAACAAGGCUGUUGUCUCUCAGUGUAAUGAGAAUGGUGAGUCUCCAUUGUAUGCGGCCUGUGAAGGAGGAUAUAAAGAUAUAGUAGAACUGUUACUGCAGAACAAUGCUGAUGUCAAUCAGUGUGAAAGGAAUGGUAGGUCUCCAUUAUAUGUAGCCUGUGAAGAAGGAGAUAAAGAUAUAGUAGAACUGUUACUUCAGAACAAUGCUGAUGUCAAUCAGUGUGAUAUGAAUGGUGAGUCUCCAUUGUAUGUAGCCUGUGAAGGAGGAUAUAAAGAUAUAGUAGAACUGUUACUUCAGAACAAUGCUGAUGUCAAUCAGUGUAAAAAGAAUUGUAGGUCUCCAUUAUAUGUGGCAUGUAAAGGAGGACAUAAAGAUAUAGUAGAACUGUUACUGCAGAACAAGGCUGACAUCAAUCGGUGUGAUAAGAUUGGAUGGUCUCCAUUGUAUGUAGCCUGUGAAGAAGGAGAUAAAGAUAUAGUAGAACUGUUACUUCAGAACAAUGCUGAUGUCAAUCAGUGUGAUGAGGGUGGAGAGUCUUCAUUGUAUGUAGCCUGUGAAGGAGGAUAUAAAGAUAUAGUAGAACUGUUACUUCAGAACAAUGCUGAUGUCAAUCAGUGUGAAAAGAAUUGUAGGUCUCCAUUAUAUGUGGCAUGUAAAGGAGGACAUAAAGAUAUAGUAGAACUGUUACUUCAGAACAAGGCUGACAUCAAUCGGUGUGAUGAGAUUGAAUGGUCUUCAUUAUAUGCGGCCUGUAAAGGAGGACAUAAAGAUAUAGUAGAACUGUUACUUCAGAACAAUGCUGAUGUCAAUCAGUGUGAUGAGAAUGGAGAGUCUUCAUUGUAUGUAGCCUGUGAAAGAGGAUAUAAAGAUAUAGUAGAACUGUUACUUCAGAACAAUGCUGAUGUCAAUCAGUGUGAAAGGAAUGGUAGGUCUCCAUUAUAUGUGGCAUGUAAAGGAGGAUAUAAAGAUAUAGUAGAACUGUUACUUCAGAACAAUGCUGAUGUCAAUCAGUGUGAAAGGAAUGGUAGGUCUCCAUUAUAUGUGGCAUGUGAAGGAGGAUAUAAAGAUAUAGUAGAACUGUUACUGCCGAACAAUGCUGAUGUCAAUCAGUGUGAAAGGAAUAGUAGGUCUCCAUUAUAUGUGGCAUGUAAAGGAGGACAUAAAGAUAUAGUAGAACUGUUACUUCAGAACAAUGCUGACAUCAAUCGGUGUGAUAAGAUUGGAUGGUCUCCAUUGUAUGUAGCCUGUGAAGGAGGAUAUAAAGAUAUAGUAGAACUGUUACUUCAGAACAAUGCUGAUGUCAAUCAGUGUGAAAAGAAUUGUAGGUCUCCAUUAUAUGUGGCAUGUAAAGGAGGACAUAAAGAUAUAGUAGAACUGUUACUUCAGAACAAUGCUGAUGUCAAUCAGUGUGAUGAGAAUGGAGAGUCUUCAUUGUCUGUAGCCUGUGAAGGAGGAUAUAAAGAUAUAGUAGAACUGUUACUGCAGAACAAGGCUGACAUCAAUCGGUAUGAUAAGUUUGGAUGGUCUCCAUUGUAUGUAGCCUGUGAAAGAGGAUAUAAAGAUAUAGUAGAACUGUUACUUCAGAACAAGGCUGAUGUCAAUCAGUAUGAUGUGGAUGGUGAGUCUCCAUUGUAUGUGGCAUGUGAAGGAGGACAUAAAGAUACAGUAGAACUGUUACUCCAGAAAAAUGCUGAUGUCAAUAAGUGUAAUAGUAAGGGAGAGUCACCUUUACAUGCGGUUUGUUCAUAUCAUUUCAAAUUGCAAUCAAUAUACAGUAAAGAUAGAAUGGAACAAUUUUCAAAAAGGUGCAUUGAAACUGUUAAAAUAUUACUUGCAUGGAAAGCAGAUAUUACAUUGCGUAAUGAGAAUGGUCAGACACCACUUGAUGUUGCCCGUGAAUCAACGUUCGUGGAACUUGAAAAUCUUUUUGAGGAAAAUCUCCAACUAAAAGAAUCACAAUUAAAGUAAUCAUUUCAUAAAUUUGAAUUUUACAACGAGGUAAAUAUAGUUACAAUGUUAGUAUUGUAUCACAAUUAAAGUCAAUGAAUGCACUCAUAAUCCAGGUGUUACUUAAACCAGACAUUAUUUUUAAUUAGCUAUGUAGGUAAUUUAAAGGAAUAUACAACAGAAAUAACUAACAAGAUUUAUCUAAGAUUACAAUAAAUGCCUGGACAAGAUUUAUCUAAGAUUACAAUAAACGCCUAGACAAUAUUUAAUAGUUUUUACAUUAUCUUAUGGCAUAAUUUUUUUUCAGAAUUUUUGCAAAUAAUAUUUAAUAACAUGAUUCAAAAAAGUAAUACAUAAAAGAGUAUUAUUUCAACAUUACUUGUAAAGUUUAUUUUGAUCUUUGAACUUUAAUUUGAUCACUCCGCAACAUAUAAUAUGUGUAACAAGGGGAAUCCAAUAUGAACAUUGGUCGGUAUAUGUAUGGAGUGUAUGUAAUUGAUCAGUAUAUAUAUAUAGGUCUAUGUAAAUUGUUGGUUUAUGUAUGGAGUAUAUGUAAUUGGUCAGUAUAUGUAUAGGUCUAUGUAAAUUGUUGGUUUAUGUAUGGAGUGCAUGUAAUUAAUCAGUAUAUGUAUAGGUCUAUGUAAAUUGUCGGUUUAUGUAUGGAGUGCAUGUAAUUGAUCAGUAUAUGUAUAGGUCUAUGUAAAUUGUUGGUUUAUGUAUGGAGUGGAUGUAAUUGAUCAGUAUAUGUAUAGGUCUAUGUAAAUUGUCGGUUUAUGUAUGGAGUGCAUGUAAUUGAUCAGUAUAUGUAUAGGUCUAUGUAAAUUGUUGGUUUAUGUAUGGAGUGCAUGUAAUUGAUCAGUAUAUGUAUAGGUCUAUGUAAAUUGUUGGUUUAUGUAUGGAGUGUAUGUAAUUGAUCAGUAUAUAUAUAUAGGUAUAUGUAAAUUGUUGGUUUAUGUAUGGAGUGUAUGUAAUUGGUCAGUAUAUGUAUAGGUCUAUGUAAAUUGUUGGUUUAAGUAUGGAGUGCAUGUAAUUGAUCAGUAUAUGUAUAGGUCUAUGUAAAUUGUUGGUUUAUGUAUGGAGUGCAUGUAAUUGAUCAGUAUAUGUAUAGGUCUAUGUAAAUUGUUGGUUUAUGUAUGGAGUGUAUGUAAGUGAUCAGUAUAUGUAUAGGUCUAUGUAAAUUGUUGGUUUAUGUAUGGAGUGUAUGUAAGUGAUCAGU